UGUAACUCAAAUGUUGGCCUUUCAACUACUCCUCGCAGUUGUAACUGCCGAGUACGGCGGAUCUCAGGUGAAGGACAUGUUCGAAGCCUACAAGGAGAAAUUUGGACACAACUUCGGUGCACAAGACAAUUCCCGUAUGAAGAUUUUUGCAGAUAACCUCCGCUACAUAGAAGAGGAGAAUGCCAAAGGUCUGCCCUACAAGCUCAAGGUGACUCCAUUCGCUCAUCUCACCAAUGCCGAGUUCAGAAUGACCAGACUCGGGACAAUGCCGAAGAGUAGAAGCUUCACGGGAAACGGAGCAAACACCGUUAGUUAUGAGGGCUCCAUUGAAGAGCUUCCCGCAGCUGUCAACUAUGUUGCCAAAGGCUGGGUUACGGGUGUUAAAGAUCAGGGCAUUUGUGGAAGUUGCUGGGCCUUCUCAACUACUGGUGCCCUUGAGGCUCUUCACAAGAAUCUUACUGGGGAGCUCGUGCCACUCUCGGAGGAGCAGUUACUCGACUGCAGCCUGUCUUAUAGGAAUCAGUAA